CGGGCUUCUCGGGGGCGGCGCCGCAGGGACGCAGCGCUAGACCGAGCCGGGCUUGCCGCAGCUUUUCUCCCGGACGCCUGGCUCGAGGACACGAUGUCGGGCGCCUCCCGCCGCCUGCUCUGGGCCGCCACCUGCCUCGCCGCGCUCUGCGUGUCGGCCGCGCAGCACAACAGCACCACAGCAGCUCCCAACACGACUGAGACGCCGACCCCGACCAGCAAAGUGCUCCCGACGACGCUCACGCCCACCAAGUUGCCAGAAACCUGUGAGAACUUCAACAGCUGUGUCUCCUGUACUAAUGCCACCAUCACUAAUAAUAUUACCUGCUUUUGGAUAGAGUGCCAAGAAGCAAAUAAGACCUAUUGUUCAAAUGAAUCAGUAAGUAACUGUACCUCGGGGAACAGCACUAACUCCUGUUCUGUACCUCCUACCACUCCAGUGCCAACCAAUUCUACAGCUAAACCCACAACUCGGCCUUCCUCUCCUACACCUACUCCCUCCGUUGUCACAUCAGCAGGGACAGCAAAUACCACUCUGACUCCACCCUCACAGCCUGAGCGAAAGUCUACCUUUGAUGCAGCCAGCUUCAUUGGAGGAAUCGUCCUUGUCUUGGGUGUGCAGGCUGUAAUUUUCUUUCUCUAUAAAUUCUGCAAAUCUAAAGAACGAAAUUACCAUACUCUGUAAACAGACCCACUAAAUUAAUGUGGACUGGCAGUUAAUUUGUGUAACUCACUGAAACCAAAAUAUUCAAGAAGUCCCACAUGGAAGACGCUGUUCCAGGAUCUUUACAUUUCCAAAGGAUGCAUACAGGAUAUUUCGGAGCAUCAUCCUUGAAGAAAAGUCAGUUAAAACAUUUUCCUCAACAGGAAUAUUUAAACUCUUCUGCAUGAAUCCGCGUGGCUGUCAUCUUUUGUUUGACAUGGCUGCUGCUGUGGGACUGUGUUCUUUCCUCUGACAUGCCAAAUGUAACUUCUGUAACUGAUGGAAAGUGCUGUCUUCUGCAGGCAGCUUCUGACCCUGCAGUUGAAAUGUAGUCCCCUAGAACCCUAAAGGCCGUUACUGUCAUCCUAACCAACCCCAGGUGUAACUUAGUGGCCAGGAUUGAGAAGAGUGCCAAAGGGCCACCGUCAGGCAGGGGAGGCCAGCACUGCAAGCAGUUACAGCUGCUAGACCAGACCAUCCCUAGAGUGAAACCUGAUGCUUGUUAAGUUGUAUUUUAUACAUUAGGAAUAAGAUGCCACACAGGGCAUUCCAGAUUUAGAAUAAGGAAGGGAUACACAGAUACAUUAAUAUGCAGCAGGUCUUGUUCAUACAGUUCAUAAAGUGUACCGUAUUAAGAAAUCAGAACAGUGCCUUAAGACAGACCGAGACGUCGGCAGAACGAGAAGUUUGUUCACACUAUGGGAGACAAAGCUUGGUCUGAGAAUGUAACUGUUGGUGUGAGCAGCAGAAACCUGCUUUUAGAUAUCAUACUGUUAAUAUUUAAUUAAAAACAUUGUUUUCUCCAGAACUGAGAAAUAGAAGCUAAAGAAUAAUUAAAGCUGAAAGGCUUCCUUAUAUCAAACCAUCUAACAUUUUUCUUAGGGCUGUUGAAUAGACAUAAAAUAGAUUUAUCUUUCUCUCUGUACAAAAAGUAUCCAAAUAUUAUUAUACCUUAAGGAUUCCUACCAAGUUUUCCUGAAAAGCAGCUUUUACAUGAGGCAAGAAGGAAGUAGUUAUAGAAUCAUUUUCUAGUUCUUGAAAUGAGACAAUCACUUUGUUUUCUAAUAGAUGUGACCUGUGUAACUUAAACCUGAGGGUUUGAAAGAGAUUGCUCUAGAUUUCCAAUGAUGAUCCCUGGCUGAACAGGCUUUUCUCUUUCUUUGGCCUUUACGACUUUUCUUCCUGGUUGGUUUGCUUCAGUUCCCAUGUGCUAUAAUCAUGCAUACUCUUACUUCAAUAGCUUCUGAGAAGCACUGAGUUUUCAGUUUUGGAGUUACUUCUCCCUGCCUCUGACACACUGCACUAGUCUGGAGGCUGUAAUUGGAAAUAGGCUUUUGGUUUCCUAGUCAUUCAAGUUUUUGUGCUUUCAUUUCUUUAGAGUAACAGAGUUGAGCGCUUGGUUCCCAGGGCUUAUAGUAUGAAAUGGCUGAUAGAUGUGAGUUGGUUCAUAAAGUGAAACUAAAAAGAUAGAAACUAAGUAAAAGUUUCUAUCUUUGUCACUUGCUGGCACAGCUAAAGUUUGUUUUACUUGCACAUUUGUACAUAUAUCUAAUGUUUUCAAGUGCCUUACUUGUUUAAACUCUGGCUUCAAAGGUUUUGGGGAAAAGAUAGGUUUACCUCACAGCUGUGUUUCCAUUGUAAUUUCUAGGUUCCUCACAAAAAUCUAUUUCAGUGCCGUGGCUGUUAGUUUUGAGUGCUAAAGUUCUUUUGAAAGUAUACAAUUUCCAUUCCUUUCAAAGGUGGCAAAAUUGUCAUUUACCUCCGUGUGACUCUUUGCCCCAUAUAAAUGUCAGCAUAUGUAGCAAGUUUUCUGAGAAUGUACCAACUUGAAGCUCCUAUAAUUUUGAGCACUGCUCUAACGUUGUAGGAAGUUAGUGACAUUUUGUAGGACUACAUAAGCUCUCGCCACAGAAUUCCAGCUGCCCUGACUCCUUCCCAUCUUUGUUUAGCAAGGUAGUAUUUUGAGCCAUUAAUGAUUUUUGGGUUUUUUAAUCCAGAAGGUGUAUAGAAACCUUUUCAGAGUUUUCAUCUGAUUUGUCCUGAGGAUCUAGUUCUAUCAAAUACCUUACUUUACCUUUGCUAUACUUGCUGCACAAGCAGACACUGCUGGAUCUAGAAGUUUCUAUUUGAGUUCAUUAAACUACAAAACUAAUAUGUAUGUGUACCAAAAUGAUUUAAAAUAAAUGUUUAUUAGUCUCUUGAUCAAAAGUGUCAUUGUGAUUAUGAAAUUUAACAUUGUAUUUGCCUUCCCUGUCCAUUCGAGGCUGGGCUGUCCACUGUCCCUGUUGCUCCUGUAGGCUGGUGUGUAGAUGGGAGCCGAUGGCUGUGACCAGGUGGAGAACAGAGCCGUAGGAAGGGACAUGCGUCUAGCUCACGCUAACCAAGACAGCGUGAGAGUGUGUUACAGGACUACUGUGGGGCCUGUGGUUCGUUCAGCUUUGUGGGUUCCUAGGAUUGAACACGGGUUGUAGGACAGGUACCUUUUUACACUGAGCUUGCCAGCCACAUCUUAACCCUUUAAUUCAGAGAACACAUCAAAUAAAACUUUGGCUCUGUUGGACAGUGUACAGAAACAUCUAUAUUUGGUUACUUGACUUACACUAAACACUAAAGUUAUUCACUGUUCCCUUGUAAGUCUGGAUGUAAGGUUAGAUUCAGUGAUUUGCCUUAGAACAAAGGCCUCUUGUUCCCUGUUAACCUUACCAUUUGGCAAUUACAUAAAACUUUAUAGCAAGCUUCCUAAAGCAUUGGCACAGGCUAUUGAGUAAUAGUAGAGGGUGGAAUAGGUUUUGUGCGUUCUCCCCAUUCCCUGUACUUACUGUAGAUCACUUUUUAAUUCAGUAGUGUUUGGGUCUCUUGUUAGUGUGUCUGUUAGCAAAUCCAGCUUUUGUAUAUCUUGCCUCCUGACCUCACUUGUAUUUUCUUUUCAGUACAAAAACCAUUGUAUUCAUAAUACAUCAUUGGUAGUAAAUCAUUUUUUUAAACAAUUUUAAGGUUUCUUUUUAAAGAAAUUUAAGGUUUUUUAAAGAAUCUAAGGUUCCUUUUUUUUUUUUUUUUUUUUUUAAUGUGUCUGUAAACUAUGGUCCAUUGUGUCUGUUGUGUUCUCUGACAAGUCUGUUAGCAUCUUUGGUUCUGUACAUGUUUUCCUCUGCUACUGAGUUUAAGCAAAUUGACUAUUGUGGGUUGUGUUGUAGUUUUCCUUGUUUUUCGUGUUUAUAGAUCUAAUAAGGUGUUGUAUCUCUGGCUUUCAUAUUUGGGAGAUUUCCAACUUUUGGUGGUAGGUCCACACCCUCUGCCUUGACGGAGAUUAUAGUUUUAUAGAGGUUGCUAGAAAUUGAUCCACAGUCCCAUUGUGUUUUUAUAAAUUAAAAUUCCCCUCUUUGAAUUCUGUA